AUGACCGAAAAUCAGGAAAAGUAUGAUAUUGUGAUCGUGGGCGCUGGCCCCGUGGGUAUCCUGCUGUCGCUUUGCAUGUCGCGAUGGGGAUACAAGGUUAAGCACAUCGACAACCGCCCCGUGCCGACCGCUACUGGUCGCGCCGACGGUAUUCAGCCCCGAUCGAUCGAAAUCUUGCGCAACUUGGGUAUCAAGCGCAAGAUUAUGGCCUACAAUCCCGCCAAGGUCUACGAUGUCGCUUUCUGGGAUCCUUUGCCCAAUGAGCAAGGUAUCAACCGCACCGGCAGCUGGCCUAGUUGCCCUCGUUUCAUCGACACCCGCUACCCCUUCACGGCUCUCGUCCACCAGGGCAAGAUCGAGCGUGCUUUCCUGGAGGAGAUUGAGAAGGCUGGAACGACCGUUGAGCGCCCUUGGACGAUCUUCGGUUUCAAGAACGACGGUGCAGACGAGACCUACCCCGUUGAGGUGCAGCUGAAGUCGCUAGACACCAACGUGAUCCAGAACAUCCGUACCAAGUACCUCUUCAGUGGUGAGGGUGCUCGGAGUUUUGUUCGGGAGCAGCUUGGAAUCAAGAUCCACCACAAGGACCCCAUUUCGUACGUCUGGGGAGUGAUGGACGGUGUUGUGCGCACCAACUUCCCCGACAUUGAGACAAAAUGCACAAUCCACUCCGACGCCGGAUCUAUCAUGGUUAUCCCCCGUGAAGACAACAUGGUCCGCCUCUACGUUCAGAUUGCUUCGUCGACAGACCCCGACUGGCACCCCCGGAAGACGGCAUCCGUUGAGGAAGUCCAGGCCGCCGCAAAGAAGAUUCUCAAACCAUACUGGGUCGAAUGGGACCGUGUCGAGUGGUACUCGGUCUACCCGAUCGGUCAGGGUAUCUCUGAGAAGUACACUCUGGAUGAGCGUGUCUUUAUGGGUGGUGAUGCCUGCCAUACCCACAGCCCCAAAGCUGGUCAGGGUAUGAAUACUGCCUUCCACGACGCACUGAACAUGGCCUGGAAGAUCCACGCUGUGGAGUCAGGAUUCGCCAACCGCUCGAUUCUGAGCACCUAUGAAAGCGAACGUAAGGACAUUGCCGAGAUGCUGUUGGACUUCGACGCCAGAUAUGCUGCUUUGUUCUCCAAGCGCCGUCCUACUGCCGGCGAGGUUGGUGAGGCCAGCCACACCUCCGUCAAAGCUGGCGGCGAGGAAGACGAAUUCGUCAAGACCUUCAAGUCGUCGUGCGAGUUCACCAGUGGGUAUGGCGUCGCCUACAAGCCCAACAUCUUCAACUGGGAUGCCAGCCAUCCUGCUCAGUCUCCUCUGUUCAACUACCCUGGCGUGCGGUUGACCCCAGGUCGCGCGUUCACUCCAUCGACCGUUACCCGCCUGGCGGAUGCCAACUUCGUCGCCUUGGAGCAAGAGGUCCCCGCCAACGGGGCAUUCCGGAUUUUCGUCUUCGCUGGUCUCCAGGACAAGACCAAGCAGGCGAUUGCAGACUUCGCUGCCAAUCUGGAGAAGGACCGGUCGUUCCUCUCCGCUUACCGGAGGGCGGACAUCAAGGAUGUGUCUUUCUUCGAGCGUCACUUCCCGCACUCGACGAACUUUACUCUGAGCGUGAUCUACGCUGCCCAGAAGAACCAGGUCGACGUAAACUCUAUUCCGCAGACCCUCCGGGAUUACCACCACCACCUUUACGCCGAUGACAUUCCUGACAUCCGCGUUCCUCAAGCCAAGUAUGCCGCUCACGAGAAGCUCGGCUUCGACCCUGAGAAGGGCGGUGUUGUCGUUACCCGUCCUGACAGCCACGUUGCCUGUGUUGUGCAGCUGGUCGAGGGCAGUGGCACUGUCGAUGCACUGAACGCUUACUUUGGUGCAUUCUCAUCUAAGCCAUUGGGUCAGGAUCAGCAGCAGAGCCGGCUAUAG